AUGGAUAAUUUAAUUUAUGAUUUCUUAAUAAAAAAAGAGUAUAAUCAACAAUCAUUUUUAGAUUGCAUAUUAAUAUUAUCAAUAAAUGGAUUAUAUAUAUCAUACGAUGGAUUAUUGGAUUAUUGUAAUAAUUUUAGAUUAAUUGAAAAUAAAACUGUAAAUAAAGAAGCAAUAUCUUAUUAUGGAUUAAACUAUAAUCAAUAUCAGUUAUUAGAUGAAUUCACCAGAUUGUUAAAAUUAAAAAAUAAAACUACCGAUUGUAAAAAUAAAAUAAUAAAUACACACAAUUCACUUAAUAAAUGUUGUGGAAAUAAUAAAUUUGACUAUUCAAUAUUAAUAAUAAUUGAAAAUAAUAAUAAUAUAAUAAACAAAGAUUACCAAUUUAAUAAUAAUAAUAAAAAUAGUAAUAAUAAUAUUUAUAAUAAUAAUAAUGAUAAUAAUAAUUCAAUAAUUGAAGAAAAAGAUUUAAAUAAAAUAAUAACAUUAAAAAAUGAAAGAAUAAAUGGUAAUGAUGGUGAAAUUACAACAACUACAACUACAACUACAACUAGUAGAAGUAGUACCACUAUAAUGACAACCACAACAACAACAAACGGUGUUAAUGAUAGAAAUUAUUUAUUAUUUCGUCAAGUUUGGAGAAAUAUUGUUAUUAAAACUCAAAUUUUAUUUCAUCUUAGACUUUAUAAUAUUCAUGCAAAUAAAAAGGUAUUUUUAACACCAAUUCAAUUGGUGGAUUAUAAAUUCAAAGGUUAUUUACAAUCAAUGGUAUUAAAUUAUCAUGAUGAUAAUGAUGAUGAUGCUGAUGAAGAUUCCUAUGAUUCUGAUAUUGACGAUGAUGAUAGUUAUAGUGAUGGUGGUAAUUGUAGUAGCAGUAGUAGUGGUUCAAGUGAUAUUGGUAGUAGUAGUAAUAGUAUUAAUAAUGGUAUUUCAAAUUCAUCAUCAUCUUCAAUAUUAUCAAAUUCAUCAUUAUUAGAAUUAUCAAUGAUUAGAGUGAAUUCAUUACCAGAGGGAUUAAAAUCCAUUGAAUUUGAAAAAGAGUAUAAUGUAAUUCAAGAUAGAUUGCUACCACCAUCAAUAUCCUCAAUUCGAUUUAGUUAUGGUUUCAAUCAGAGAAUUGCUAAAGGUGUAAUUAGUGACAAUGUCAUUAGUAUUACAUUUGGUGAUAGUUUCAAUCAAUCAUUGGAUGGUAAUUGGCUUCCAAAACAAUUGAAACAUUUACAAUUUGGUCAUAAAUUUCAACAAACCAUUAAAAUGGGUCAACUUCCAUCCUCAUUGACAUCAUUGAUUUUGGAUCCAAGAUCCUAUAAAGGUGUUAUUGAAAUUGGUUCAAUUCCAGAUUCUGUUAAAACUUUAGAUUAUAAAUUCAAUUCUUGUUCAAAUCAAGAAUCAAUUUCAUUUAAUCCAAUUCCAAAAUCAAUCACAAGACUUGUUUUCGAUUCAGAAUUUAAUCAAAAUAUUAAAGCAAAUGAUAUCUCUUCAAAUUAUAAUUUAACCUCAAUUCAUUUCGGAGAACAUUUCAAUAGUGAUAUUGGUAUAAAGUCUUUACCAAACUCAAUUAGAGAGAUUAAAUUUGGUCGUGCAUUCGAUAGAGAUAUUAAAUUGUGUCCUUCAAGUAUCACUAGUAUUGAUUUUGGUAAUAAAUUCAAUAGACCUUUAUCAAUGAUGACUCAAACUUUAACAAGUAUUGAUUUCGGCUCAAAAUUCAAUCAAAUUAUACCACAAGGUAUUUUCAUUCAUACCAAAUUAAAAUCUUUGAAUUUCGGUUACCAUUUCAAUCAAAUCAUUCCUGCCGAUACUUUACCUCCAACUUUAGAAUCUUUAAAUCUCGGUGGUUACAAUAGAGAGAUAACCGUGAAAAAUGAUGAAUAUGACUGCUAUGGUAUUAGUAAUAAAGGUGGUUUCGGUUCAAAUAGUUCAUCCAAUUUUUGUGUUGGUGGUACAAAUAAUGGUUUAAGAGAAAUGUUAAAAAAUACUACAUCUUUAAAAACUUUGACACUAAAUUAUUUUAAUCGUAAAAUUGAAGUUGGUGAUUUACCAAAUUCAAUAGAAUCUCUAAAUUUAGGUUAUCAUUUCAAUCAACCAAUUGGAAAUAAUGUUUUACCAAAACUUUUGAAAAAAUUAUUCAUUCUAAACUCUGAAUUUAAUCAAAAUAUUUCCGCUGAUGGUUGCAUACCUUUUGGUUUACAAACUAUUUAUAUUAGAAAUUCUAAUAUGAAUUUUAUCAAUAGUUUAAAUCCUUUAUUUAUUACAAAAUAUAUUAAUAUAAUUGAUCUUUCUCAUUUAUAA